AUGGAAUCGGGUGGAGGGCAAGAUCGAUUGAGCUCACUUCCAGACGAUAUCCUCACUGAAAUCCUCUCUCGCCUUCCAAUCAAAUCCGCCAUUUCUAUCUCCGUCUUAUCACACCGUUGGCGCCAUCACUGGACUGGCGUCACUCGCCUUGAAUUCUGCACUAUUAGUACAUUCAAACUCAAUUACAUCCUACAAAAUCUGACUUCCCCGAAACUUGAGGUCCUAAACUACUCGCAUAAUAACGGUCAAGAUACUUUCCGUCAAAAAGUGCUACAAGUCAUUAGCAGUAUAUUAUUUCCGAUACCUGAAUGUUUGCUUAAUUGUCGAUCUCUUGUGAUUUUGGAUUUGUUUGGUCCGUUUGCAAGGGAAAGUGAUGCAUAUAGAGAUGUUGAUAUUCAACUUCCGAAUUUGAAGAGGCUUUCGUUACGAUCUCUUACUUAUCUGCCUCAUUGGUUUGGAUCUUUACGUAAAUCUUCUCCAUUAUUAGAAGAUUUAACUCUCAGGUCUUCUCAACACUUUAUGGAGUCUCUAAAUGCAAUGCAAUCGAUGAACAUAUUUUUCCCGAAUUUAAAGUCAUUGGAAUUAGGGUUGGUCCCUUAUAAUGUAUAUCAAACGCCGGAUAACUAUUCGAUUAUUUCUAUCGAUGCACCCAAAUUGACAAACCUUGUAACAUAUGGUUGCGUUUUACCUUAUGGAUUUCGUACUAAUCCAACCGCACUAGUCAAAGCGUGUAUCGACUUGAGGAGGUGUGAAAUGAGAUAUGAAGAGUUUGAAGACCUUGAUGUGGAGCUUCAUCGGUUCUCCGAAUUUUUCAAAGGAAUGACUAGUGUUACCAAUUCCCUUGACUUAGUGGUGCAGUGGCAAAUGGAUAUAUUCACUUACUUGAAUAAGGUGAAUCCGCCCAUCAUGUUUUUUCAUUUAGUCCGUCUUAAAGUAACCUUGUGUGAGUUUAGUCUUAAUAAUGCAAUGAUUUUUUGGUUUCGCUGCAAUGCUUCCCCAACUUAG